AUGGCCGAGGCAAGAAUUGACACAGCCAAGGCUGAACCAUCUGUUAAUGGCGGCAAUGACUAUACCGUAAUCGAAUUCCUCAAGGACUUGAAAGAUUUACAUAACUACGAUAAUGUUCUAUUGAUGCACAAUCAGAAUACGACCAUUGCAACGAAGUUCUACACCAACACCAAUACCAUGGCCUAUGGCAAUGGCAGCAGUACAGCUGCAGCGGGCAACAUUAGCUUCAUUGAAAAAACUCUGAAUGUUGAUGCCUCUGGAAGAUCAACGUCACUGCCAUUUGUGGCACAUCUAAUGCAACAGGUACAGGUGCCAGUUCUGCAAUUAAACGAAUGGCAACACUUUAAUCUUAAACUUCGAGUGCCCGACAAUUUACUGGCAAUUGUUCAGAUUGAUAUUAAUGGCGGUGGUGGUGGUGCUGGUGAUGGUGGCGGUGAUGGCAUUAAAAUCACCCUGGACCAUCAUGCGGGUCUGUUGCAGAACUUAUCGAAAAGUUUGUGGCGCAUGAAGGUGGCGAAAGUGCUAUUCUUGAUCAAUGGCCCGGCGAUGAUGAAUGACGAAAUGCUUGCCAGCGAUCGCGGCAAUGAAGAUGUUCACUACGCUCUCGUAGAACAAUUAUUUCAACAUUGUUGGAGGCAAAAAUUACUAAAUGUGGCUGCCAUAAUGGCCAACUAUCAGAAAACAAAAAUACUUUACCGCUUCAACCCCUUUCCUGAGUUUCAAAUGGAAACCGUUCCGCUGGCAAUUGAUCGAACACAGCAACAAGAAGAAAUCUAUCCACAACGUUUGGACAACCUCCUGGGCUACAAUAUGAACGUUGUAAUUGGUGGUUCCGAUCCUCGUAUAAUUCCCUAUGAAAAGAAUGGUAAAUUAUUCGUUGGUGGAUUUGUGGGUCACUUUGUGCUGGCAUUUGCCAAACGCUACAAUUGCACGUUACAGGAACCUCUGCCUUAUAAUCCAAAAAUUCCGCUACCCAGCCAAGAACUAAUGAGAGCGGUGCGUAAUGGUACAGUGGAAUGGUCUUCGGGUGUUACUUUCCCUGAAAUACCCUUUAGGGGUUACACCUACCCUUAUGAGAUCAUCAAUUUUUGCCUUAUGAUACCAGUGGAAGCUGAUAUUCCGGGUUAUGAGUUUUUCACCUCCGUCUUUAAGGGUGAGACCUACGUUUUCUUCAUUGUGACGCUGGUGAUAAUUUCCAUGGUUUUGAGUGCCGCCUUGUUUAUUCACGGUUAUAGGCCAGAUUUGUUUGACAUAAUUUGCCAUGAUGAUUGUUUGAGAGGCAUGUUGGGACAGUCCUUUAGCGAAUUGAGAAAUCCACCAGGCAUUGUUCGGGCCAUUUAUUUGGAAAUAUGUAUUUUGGGCAUAUUGCUGACCACGACCUAUAAUGCUUACUUUUCCACCUAUGUCACUAAGGCACCUAAGACGGCCCCCAUAAACACUUUGGAUGACAUCAUGGCUUCCGGUUUGAAAAACAUUGUCUGGGAGCCGGAAUAUAACGAGAUUCUAUCGAGGGUGCCGGAAUUUAAGAGAUAUGCCCCCAUAUUUUUGGUGGAACCAAAUUAUCGAAAAUAUUUGGAACUCCGGGAAUCCUUUAAUACCCACUAUGGCUACAUUGUGCCCACCACCAAAUGGACAAUUGUCACUGAGCAGCAGAAAAUCUUUACAACUCCGCUGUUUAAACAAAGGCCAAGCUUUUGCUUUUACAACAACAUACCAAUGUGUUUUCCGAUUCAUGAAAAUUCACUUUUCAUUGAGUUGAUGUAUAAGUUAAUGUUGGAAGUCUCGCAAUCGGGUUUGAUGAAUAUGUGGAUGGAGCAUGGAUUUUUGGAGCUAAUUCAAGCUGAUAAAUUGCAACGCUCCGAUUUAAGUCAAAAGAAGGAAUUUGAAGCAAUGACAGUUGAUGAUCUGCUGUAUAUUUUUAUAUUUUUGGCGGUGAUGUUUGUUUUUGUCGUUCUGGUAUUUAUUGGAGAAUUUGUGGUGUAUUAUCGUGAGCAGAUAUGGAAAGGGUUGCAGCGACCUUUUGAAAAAUGUUGUAGACCUUCGGAAAAUAAAAGGGCUGAUAUAAUGAAGAAGGAGUAUGAAGUUACUGGACAUCAACUGAGGAGAUUUAAGUGAAGUAAUAUUAGAGCAACGUAAAAGCAAUGAAGG